UCUGGUCCCCCCAAUUCUCCCACUGCUUCAAAGUUCGAACUUUGGCAAACUUUGAGGGCAAAUGCAUUCUAGCUUGAGGAGGUUUGACCGUUGAUUAUUAAAUCAUUUAGAUUUAAUUAAAACCUUUCACCGAAAUGAAUAUCGAUCGAUCCAUUCUGCCUUAUCUUCCCCGCUUUCACGUGCAAGAACGGCGCAAAACCAACCCUUCUCUGAUCCACAAUCCUAAAAAUCUCACAAACCUUAAAGCUUGUCUCCAAUGGCUUGUCGUCCUCUAACUACUCUCUUUCUAAUCUUCUUCUUCUUAUUCACAUCUUCCUCAGCUUCAAGGAUUUUACCGUCUCAUUCUCAGAAAGUUUCGUUGGUUCUAUACUAUGAAUCCCUGUGCCCCUACUGCUCCAACUUCAUCGUCAACUACCUGGCCAAGCUCUUCGAAAGUGACCUCAUCUCCGUCGUCGAUCUCACACUCGUUCCUUGGGGUAACGCCAAACUCAGAGGCAACGACACCUUCGAUUGCCAGCACGGCCCAUCUGAAUGCUUAUUGAACACUGUGGAAGCCUGUGCAAUCCAUGUCUGGCCUGACCUGAGCGAGCAUUUUCCUUUUAUUAAUUGCGUCGAGACUUUGGCCUAUGAACACAAAUACCCCGAGUGGGAAUCAUGUUUCGAUAAAUUGAACUUGGAUCCAAAACCCAUUGAAGAUUGCUAUAGCAGCGGAUACGGGAAAGAGCUUGAAUUACAGUAUGCAGCUGAAACAAAUACCCUUCAGCCUCCUCAUGAGUAUGUACCGUGGGUAGUUGUGGAUGGAGAACCACUCUAUGAGGAUUACGAAAACUUUGUAAGCUAUAUAUGCAAGGCUUAUGAAGGCACUGCUGUGCCCAAGGGCUGUAGCAGCGUAUCCCUGAAUACCACCAUACAAAGAGGGAAAGCAAAGCCUAUCCAUCCAGAUUGCUAUGAGACAGGAAUGCUGGCAUUUGCAGCAAGAAUAACAUCAGCCAUAACAUCAUGGAUGCACCAGAUGAACAUGGUGGCUUAAGUAUAGAUGUCUCUGCAGUUUCAUAGUCUUCUAGAUUGUUUCGUCUCCGUUCCUCUCCAUUUACUAGAGAUCUGCCUAGCUUAUGUAUAUUUGCAGUGCUCAGUUAAGGCAACUACAAAAUAGGGAGUUGUUAUAAAUAAGUGUAAAUGUAUAUAUGGUACAUUCACAUUCGACCCAAAUUUGUCUAAGCAUGUUCAAGCUUGGCCAAUUUAUGUUGGAACGCAUUUCUAUUUGUCUAAGGCCAGGCCCGGGAGGCAUGCUGGCAGGCUUCAAUGUUAAAA